CAUUUCCAAUAUAACUCGCAUACACGCAACAGCACGGAUCGUUUUACAGUGUGCAAAAUAAACGUGACGGGAAGAGUCGAUGUAUCCCGCUGAAAAUUUAUUCAAGAAAACUUUGUUAAAGAUUAAAUACAGGAAGUUGGAAAAAAGAUUGAAAAAAAGUGAAAGAAAAGGUUAGUAGCGAGAAGAGAAGAGAGGAAAUUGGUGUUGGAGUAAGGACCGGUUCAGCGUCAGAACGGGCACCAAUGAAAGACAAGGUAACGACGGACUCGUGAAAGUGCUGCGGCGCCUGUCCAUACUUCAGAACCGACCACAGCAGUAGUGCAGCCGACGACAAGAUGCCAAUGGUUUGAAUCAAAUCAUCUAUAAUAUCAUCUGUGUGUUUCAAUCUGUGAUAACCGAUCGCUGGCAACAGCUUAAACCUACUAAAAACUAAGCGCCAGUAACGACUGAAAAAUUUUUAGAAGCGAAGAACCAUACCAAAUCAAAGUAAUAAAGAACAACAACCAUGGAUACUCAAGAUCUUGACAUUCUUAUGGGCCACUUAGGCGAUUUCGGAAAAUAUCAAUGUUUCCAAUUCAUCCUUCACGUAUUAUCUGGUGUUACAGCUGGGAUGCACAUGUUAUCUUUAGUGACCGUUGGUGCAGUUCCGGAUCAUAGAUGUUACAUUCCCGAUAUUGACCAACACUCGAACAUCACAAUGUAUAAUCAUCCGGAAGCUGACAAUUACGUGCCUAUAUCAAAAACCGGUUCUUACGACAAUUGCAAUAUUUUUAUAAACGGAACAUCUUCGAAUGAAACGACACGUUGCAAUCGUUGGAUAUACGACGAUACUUACUACAAGUCAUCUAGAGGCAUCGAAUGGGAUUUUGUGUGUGAUAGAAGAUGGAUGGGGGCUGUAGCUCAAUCAUCUUAUAUGUUCGGUGUUUUUCUGGGUGCUAUAACGUUAGGAAGUGCUGCAGAUAAAUAUGGAAGAAAACCGGUUUAUUGUUGGUCGGCAACACUUCAGUUGAUCCUGGGUGUUUUAGUUGCUUUCAUCCCUGAAUACUAUUCUUUCUUGGUAAUAAGAUUCCUAUAUGGAAUCGUUGGAUCUGCAGGCGCUUAUAUUCCAGGAUUCGUCCUGACCAUGGAAUUAGUUGGUGCAAGUAAACGAACAGCUUGUGGUAUAGCUUUCCAAGGUGCUUUUGCAUUUGGAUUUAUGUUGGUUGCGGGAUGGGGAGCGUUAGUCAAAGAUCGACAGCUUCUCCAAGUGAUAUACGGAUUGCAUAGUUUGAUUUUGAUAGCAAAUUGGUGGAUUAUGGACGAGUCUCCACGGUGGUUAUGGGCUCAAGGUCGUGUUAAAGAAUCAGUGAGAAUUAUUCAGAAAGCGUUAAAAAUGAACGGAAGUAAUAUUAAGGUCGAUGAAGCUGACUAUAGCUCAAACGUAAAAUUACACAACAUGGAGGAAAAGGCUUCCAGUGAAGAAGCUGGAAUGAUGGAUCUUUUUAAAACACCGAAUUUAAGAAAUAAAACAUUAAAUAUAUGUUUGUGUUGGUUUGCGAAUUCCAUUGCUUAUUACGGGUUAUCUUUGAGUACGGGUAAAAUGUCUGGAAACCCGUUUUUAAUCUUGUUUUUGAUGGGUCUUGUUGAAAUUCCCAGUUAUAUUUUAACUUCUUUAAUUAUGGAUCGAACCGGACGACGAGGAUUAAUAGCUUUCUAUAUGCUGACGGGAGGAAUUUGUUGCUUGGGUGCAGCGAAGAUGACUCAAGGGAGUACAGAAUCAACAACAGUUGUAAUGAUAGGAAAGUUUUUGAUUGCUAGUUCUUUUGCUAUUGUUUACAACUAUUCAGCUGAGCUUUUUCCUACUGUAGUUCGAAAUUCAGCUCUGGGAUUAGGUUCAAUGUGCGCGAGGUUGUCAGGUGCUAUGACACCAUUAAUAACUUUGUUAGAUUCAUUUGAUCCAACUUUACCUGCCAUGAUUUUUGGCGUGAUUGCUUUAAUAUCUGGAUUUUUAACACUGUUCUUACCGGAAACAUUAGGAUCACCUAUGCCUCAAUCAAUAGAAGAUGGAGAAAAUUUCGGUGUUGGUGAUACAUGCUUUACUUCGUGCAUGGGUAAAAAGAGACGAAAUGCUAAUAGAAGACCGACUAAAGAAGAAAAUAUGGAACAGAUGGUGCCAUUGGGCACCAAUAAUAGUAAAUGAUUAAAUGUUUAUAGUACUUUUUAUAUUUAUGUACUAAAUAAAAUUAUUUUAUAUAAG